AUGAGCCGUGAGGGCAUUGAUGACCGUAACUCAAGGAGACCUCGACGAAAAGCUUCGAGGCCAACGACCGCUCGCUUUGAAACAUUCCCCGCUCGAAUAAGCCCAUUUGUUCCUGCCAUUAUGGAAGAAGUCUUACCUCUCGGAUUUAGGAUCCCCAAUCUACCCCAAUUUGACGGGACCGGAGAUCCCCAAGAACAGUUAAAUAACUUUUACGCCAAGCUUGACCUCUACGGCCUCAGUAACGCAGCUUACUGCAAGAUUUUUCAGACUACGCUGACUGAUCAGGCACAAGUUUGGUUCAACGGCUUGCCCGGAGGGUCCUUAGACAAUCUGGACCAACUAGCGACACAUUUCCUUAACCACGACUCAAUGAAUAAGAAAUAUGCCAAAACUGGAUCGUAUCUCUUCAAGGUCAUACAACGAGACGGAGAGCCACUCAGAGAUUACAUACAACGAUUUGUCAAAGCAGUACAUGAAGUGCGCCACGUUACUCACGAGAUGUUAGCCGGCAUACUACAACAAAAUUUGAAGCAUGUUCGUUUUCGAGAGUCCAUCGCGGGACGACCCCCUAAGACCCUGGAGGAGCUCUUGAACCGCGCUGGGAAGUACAUACGGAUUGAGGAGAUCACGGAGAUGAGAGUACCCCUUAAACGAAAGCGCGACGUGGAAAGCCACAACUAUAAUAGAGAAGAAGAGAGACAUCCCAUCGAACCUUCGGGAAGUUCUCACCUCAAGGAUAAACUUCUUGACAUGAUGAUCAUCGCUGAGCAGAAGGGUAUUCUUCAACCACCGAAAAUGAUGAAUGAGAAUCCAGAACGACAAAAGUCGGAUAACUACUGUGAAUACCACAGAUAUUGGGGUCACACUACUGAUGAGUGCUUUCAGCUUAAGCAAUCACUCGAAAGACUUCUCCUAGAUGGGCACUAG